AAUUAAUUAAGUUUCCAAAAGCUUUAACCCAAGUAAAAAAAAGAAGAAGAAUAAAACAGAGGAAAGAGAGAGAGAGAAGUUGAAUUCGACAUCCAAAGAGUUUAACUUUCAGACCUGAGGAAACUCAUUACGCUUCACUUCCGAUUCGCAGAGAGUUUCCAACAGACCACAAUUGAAUAAAUAUUCUUAAUCUUCUUUUUUUUUGUUCUUUCUCUUUCGUUAAUCCAAAUCCGUAAGUACUUUCUUCUUCUUAUUAUUAUUAUUAUUAUUAUUAUAUAAUCUCUUCCUUGUUAAAGAUUCUCCAUUGUUCUCUCCUUCUUCUUCUCCGCUAAAGGAAUCAUAUUCAGAUCAGUGAUUCGUUUUUCUGGGUUUUCUUUUUUUGUUUUCCGAGUCAAAUUUGGAAUCUAAAGAUCUGACUUUUGAAGCUACCAAAUUUGUUUUGGCGAUUGAUGUUUCAAUAAAGAGACAAAUUUUUGUUUUUCCUUCUGAAUCCAUUUUUAUCAAUCGAGAUUUGGAUCAUCUAAUCGUCUUUUGAUUUCUCAGAAUCUCUCUCUCUCUUUUAGCCAUUUUGCAUUUCGUGUUUGGUCUCGUCUCGAUCUGAUUUCUCUAACAUCGGAAUCUGUACGGAGAAGAUGGUGGAAGAUCGGACAUAUUUGAUGUCAAGGAUUUUCUCAAGUUCUCGUCUUUCAGAAUCAAAGUGGCCAUACAUGUAUCCACAACCAGAAGAUUCCUCUGAAUCUAAUCUCAUCAAUGGCAAAAGAGCAUUGGAGAAUGAUGUUGAUGAGCUCAGACAGAGCAAGUCUCCCAGAUUGAUGGGAUUUUCAAUUCAUGGGAAUGAAGCCAUUGAAGAAGAUGAACAAGAACAAGACCAAUCUGAUUCUAACAACAAUGGUAAUAGCGAUGGCGAUUCACUUAUCAAUGAUAUUGGCAGAGACAAUUCUAUAAGCUGUUUGAUUCGUUGCUCGAGGUCUGGUUACGGUUCGAUUGCUUCUUUAAACCGGAGUUUUCGGUCUUUGGUGAAGACCGGAGAGAUUUAUAGACUCAGGAGGCAAAACCAGAUUGUUGAACAUUGGGUUUACUUCUCUUGUCAGCUUUUGGAAUGGGUUGCUUUCAAUCCUUUUGAAAGAAGAUGGAUGAAUUUGCCUACAAUGCCUUCAGGUGUUACAUUCAUGUGUGCCGAUAAAGAAUCUUUAGCUGUUGGUACGGAUUUGCUUGUGUUAGGCAAAGAUGAUUACUCUUCUCAUGUUAUAUAUAGAUAUAGUCUUUUGACUAACUCUUGGUCUUCCGGUAUGAGGAUGAAUUCUCCGAGGUGUUUGUUUGGCUCAGCGAGUCUAGGAGAGAUUGCGAUCUUUGCUGGUGGUUUUGAUUCUUUUGGCAAAAUCAGUGAUUCCGCUGAGAUGUAUAACUCCGAGCUUCAGACUUGGACUACACUUCCGAAGAUGAAUAAACCAAGGAAGAUGUGUUCAGGUGUUUUCAUGGAUGGGAAGUUCUAUGUGAUUGGAGGAAUUGGUGGAAAUGAUUCGAAAGUGCUUACUUGUGGUGAGGAGUUUGAUUUAGAGACGAAGAAAUGGACUGAGAUACCGGAAAUGUCGCCUCCAAGGAGCCGGGAAAUGCCGGCAGCAGCAGAGGCGCCGCCUCUUGUUGCGGUUGUGAAUAACGAAUUGUAUGCUGCUGAUCAUGCUGAUAUGGAAGUGAGGAAGUAUGAUAAGGAGAGUAAGAAAUGGUUUACUUUAGGGAGAUUGCCCGAAAGAGCUGACUCGGUUAACGGUUGGGGAUUAGCGUUUAGAGCUUGCGGUGAGAGGUUGAUUGUGAUUGGUGGUCCUAGGAGUUCAGGUGGAGGGUACAUUGAACUGAAUUCAUGGAUACCAUCUAGUGAUCGAAGUCCGCCUCUAUGGACAUUGCUCGGUAGGAAACAUUCAUCGAAUUUUGUUUACAAUUGCGCGGUGAUGGGUUGCUGAUAAAAGGGUUUCAACAAUAACUUUCAGAUGAUUUUUAUGAUUCUCCUGCCGUUGGAGAUGUCGAAAGUUGCAGUCUUUUUUUUCUUAUUAAUUUUGGUUAUAAAAGAAAUUUAUUUGAAUUCAAUUGGAUACAAUCAUCUUGGUGGUAUUGUUAGUUUCUUGGAAAGAACAGAAACAGGUCUUGUAAUAAGUUUGGUGGAGAAAGUUCAGAAUCUAGAGUUUUUCAGUUCUGCUAUACUAUUUGUUAAAAUUUUUGUUUAUAUUCGUUUCAUUCAUUUUUUCGCAAAGAGACUAUAUUAUGUGUUU